CAGUUAAUUUGCUUCAUUAAAUUUAAAGAAAAGAAAAUAACUAUAGAUAAAAGGACAUUUUCUUUCAUUCACCCCCUCUCCCUCCCCCCCUUCACCCUGUUGAUUCUGCCUGUUGUGGGGGCAGAUCUGGGGGAAUUCUGUGUUGGUGUAAGACUGCAGUUCAGUUCUAUUGUUCUAUUUUCCACCUGUUAAUUUCCUGUUCCCCGGUGCACAUAUAAAGGUGUGCGGCUCAGCUCUGUGUCACAGCCACUGCUCUGACUUGACUCCACCACUGACGAGACGACAGCAGAAGAGAAGCCAUGGUGUCAGUCAAAGCUGCAGUGAUGGUGAUCACAGUGUUGACGCUCUGUCUCUGGGUGACACGCACAUCAGCAGCUCAUCGUGAAUGCUGUCUGAGAUACAUGAAGAAGAAACUCCCCUUUUUUGUGAUCAAGGGAUACUCAGUCCAAGACAAAAGAGAGAUGUGUCCCAUCAAUGCCAUCAUUUUUCACACAAGAAAAGGUAAAACAUGCACAGAUCCCAAACUGAACUGGGUGAUGCACUAUGUCAACCUCCUGAGGAACAAAGCCCAGAUAGUUCACACUGAAGCCCAGUCAAACAACGGCAGCUUCUUCUCUUCUUCUUAGCAUGUUGUUCAUUUGCAAUAAAAACAUCAACCGUGUUGAUUUUUUUUUUCUUGUGUGUGAAGCUCUGUUCAUGGAGCAGUUCUAUAAUUUUAUACGUUUAUGUGACAUCAGUGUGGUUUUGUACAAUUUGUAAAUAAAAGCACAGAGCUGUGUUUCCCAGUCAUUUGUUUACUUUUUUGUUU